AAUGGCAGGGCGAGUUGAACCGAUUUUAACCAAUAGCAAACGAGUGUUAGUGCGCACUCCGUUGGACGACGACGACCAUGGGUCGGAGUAGAGUCCUACUCGGUGUAACAAACUUUUAACGGUUGGAAAAGGACAAAACGGAGUGAGGUGGGAAGGCUGCUGCCCUGAGCAGGAAUGGGGGAGAUUGAGGGUUCAUAUCGGGUCUUGCAGACCCCUGGCACAAGGCUGGGAGCCCAGUUCAACGCAGGUAUCAGCACUUUGGAGCCCGGCCAGAGCCUUAGUGGCAACAUGGUCAAAAGCCAUGGGAGAGGACUACAAAUCCGUGUGCAGGGUCUGGAUGAGUCCCAGGAUUUCUUUGACAUAGAAUGCAAAGCUCUUGGACAGGCCCUCCUUUCUGAGGUUUUCCUGCGAGGCAACCUCAUAGAGAGUGAUUACUUUGGCCUGGAGUUUCAGAACAUGCAGAUGAACUGGGUUUGGCUGGAACCCACAAAACUGAUUGUGAAACAAGUCAGAAGACCAGCUAAUACGCUGUUUAGGCUGUCAGUGAAAUUCUUUCCUCCAGACCCUGGUCAACUGCAGGAGGAGUACACCAGGUACCUAUUCUCACUGCAGAUGAAACGAGACUUGAUGGAGGGGAGGCUGAUUUGCACGGAAAAUACAGGAGCCCUGCUGGCUUCUCAUAUUGUCCAGUCGGAGAUCGGAGAUUACGACGAUGUUGCGGACAGGGACUUCCUCAGGAUGAACAAACUGUUGCCUUACCAGGAGAAAGUGCAAGAAAGGAUCAUGGAGCUUCACCGCAGGCACUUGGGCCAGACACCAGCCGAAUCCGAUUUCCAAAUCCUGGAGAUUGUCCGUAAACUGGAGAUGUAUGGUGUCCGCUUCCAUCCGGCCGCUGACAGAGAAGGCACCAAAAUAAAUCUAGCUGUUUCUCACAUGGGCCUUCAAGUUUUUCAGGGCAACACAAAAAUAAAUACCUUCAACUGGUCCAAGAUUCGCAAACUGAGCUUCAAGAGGAAACGGUUCCUGAUAAAGCUCCACCCAGAGGUUCAUGGUCCCUAUCAGGAUACUCUUGAAUUUAUGAUGGGCAGUCGAGACCAGUGUAAAAUCUUUUGGAAGAUCUGUGUUGAAUACCACUCAUUUUUCCGCUUGUUUGAUCAACCCCAACCCAGAUCCAAAGCUAUCCUCUUCACUAGAGGCUCCUCCUUCAGAUAUAGUGGGAGGACCCAGAAACAACUUGUAGAGUAUGUUAAAGAAAAUGGAGCAAAGAGAACACCAUACCAGAGGAGGAACAGUAAAUUGGGGAUGUCACUUCGCUCCCUCAACUCAGAUGUGCCAAAACAGAGCUUGUCAUUCAGUGACAGCAUCAGGACCCCAGGCUCCCCUUCCUCUGCUUCUGUGUCCUUCUACCCAACGAACAUCUCCAACUUCCCCCAACGACCGGAGCUCCAGCAUCAAUCCCAGCCUUUUUCAUCUCUGAGUCAGUCUCCAGCACCUCCUCUGCAGACUCAGAACCUGAACCUGCAGCACCAACAGGAGCAGCAGCAGCUUCAGUCACCUGUGCAAGCCACCAGACCCCCUAGCCCACCGAAGGAAGAACCUGUCAAGGCUGCCUCCCCAUCUCACUUCACUUUUCAAGACUCCGUUGACAGCCCUCAGCUCUCACCCUUAAACUCCAAAGGCCCCCUCUGCAUGUCUCCCUCCUUCCAGAUGUCGACCCUCAGCCUGCCUCAGGCCCCAUCACCCCUGCAAAGCCCCAUCCUGAGUGAGAUGGGCAGCAAUGCCAGGCUGGAGGAGGAGGAGGAGGGCAGGAGGAAGCGAUAUCCCACUGAUAAGGCCUACUUCAUUGCCAAAGAGAUUUUGACCACAGAGCGAACAUACCUGAAAGACCUCGAGGUCAUCACUGUGUGGUUUCGCAGCGCUGUGAUCAAAGAAAACGCCAUGCCUGAGGGCCUGAUGAACCUCCUGUUCUCCAACAUAGACCCCAUCUACGAGUUCCACCGAGGCUUCCUGAAGGAGUUAGACCAGAGGCUGGCUCUCUGGGAGGGGCGCUCAAAUGCCCACGUCAAAGGAGACUACCAGAGGAUUGGAGAUGUGAUGCUGAGGAAUAUGUGUGCUCUUAAGGAAUUCACCAGCUACCUGCAGAAACACGAUGAGGUGUUAACAGAGCUGGAGAAAGCCACCAAGAGGCUAAAGAAGUUAGAAACGGUCUACAAAGAGUUUGAGCUGCAGAAAGUCUGCUACCUGCCUCUCAACACAUUCCUGCUCAAGCCCAUCCAGCGCCUCAUGCACUACAAGCUCAUCCUGGAGAGACUGUGCAAACAUUAUUCUCCCUCCCACCGGGAUCAUGAUGACUGCAAGGAGGCUCUGAAGGAAGUGGCUGAGAUUGCCACUCAGCUCCAGAGCAGUCUCAUCCGGCUGGAAAAUUUCCAGAAGCUGACAGAGCUGCAGAGAGACCUGAUCGGUAUUGAAAACCUCACAGCACCAGGCAGGGAGUUCAUAAGAGAGGGAUGUCUGUACAAGCUUACCAAGAAAGGACUGCAGCAAAGAAUGUUUUUCCUGUUCUCAGACAUGCUCCUCUACACAAGCAAAGGUGUCACAGCCACCAAUCAGUUCAAAGUGCAUGGCCAGCUGCCCCUUCAUGGCAUGAUCGUUGAGGAAAGUGAAAACGAGUGGUCGGUCCCCCACUGCUUCACCAUCUACUCAGCUCAGAGGACCAUUGUUGUGGCUGCCAGCUCCAAGGUGGAGAUGGGGAAAUGGAUUGAGGAUCUGAACCUGGCUAUUGAAAUGUCAAAGAAGUCCCAAGAGAAAUCUAGCAUCUUCCUCGACUCUGGACUUGGCGAUCACUCCAACAGAUCAUCUGAUGAGGUUUCUCUGGAGCAGGAGUCGGAGGAUGACAUGAACUCCUCCCGCACCUCUCUGGACAAGCAGACACACCACCGCGCCAACACCACCAUGCAUGUUUGCUGGCACCGCAACACCAGCGUGUCUAUGUCUGAUCACAGCCUGGCUGUGGAGAACCAGCUCUCAGGUUACCUCCUGAGAAAGUUCAAGAACAGUAACGGCUGGCAGAAACUCUGGGUGGUUUUCACCAACUUCUGCUUGUUCUUCUACAAAACCCAUCAGGACGACUUUCCACUGGCAAGCCUCCCCCUGCUUGGCUACACAGUCAGCACACCUGAGGAGUCAGACAGCAUCCACAAGGAGUAUGUCUUCAAGCUGCAGUUCAAGUCCCAUGUUUACUUUUUCCGAGCAGAAAGCGAGUACACCUUUGAAAGAUGGAUGGAAGUGAUAAAGAGUGCAGCCAGCACUACGGGCCGCAUGAGCCUGCUCAUCCCUAAAGGAGGACCCAUGGAGAUGAACGGAAACUGAAUCAAACAUCAUGCAAACUGGAGGCUGGGCCUCUAGGACAGCAAAGACAUUUCCAAUCUCAGUGUAAUUUUUAAGUAAUGAUUUGUACGAUGACUGACUGGAGAGUGAACCAUAAUGCCAGUUUAAGUGUUAACAUUGAUCAGUGUAAGAAUUUAAGUCUAACGGUCUAUGCUUUUUUGAUUAAUGCUGUAAAUGAUAACGUUUGUUCCUGUGAGCAGGAUAUCAUGAAAGGGAGACGUGUAUAUUUUGAGCUGAUUUUUGCAUGCAUAGCAACAUAGACUGAUGGGAAAUACUGUAAAAUGGGACCAACUCCAGCACAAAAUCCUUUUAGUCAGGCUUUUGAAGGACUUUUUUUAAUAAAGCAUGAUGACUGAAGCUUUGCUGGGAGCAGCACUGUGCUACUAAUGGGAUACAGGUGAUUUACAGCAUGUGGAAAAUGAAGGUACAGAUAGUUGAUACUGUUAAAGGGUCUGAGGUUUGUAUGAGAUGGAGACGAACAGAAGGAUCAUGGAAAGUUGAAACAUGUUUACGAGAACAUACUGAAGACGCAUGGCAAGUUUUUGAGCAAAUCAUGACAUGCAAGUGUUAAAAUGUCAACAAAAGGAUGUUUAAAUGGUUUGAAAGGGAGCUGCUUAAAUCUCCCUGUUAGUCAGGCAUUAUUAUGGCCAGUUUGGUGCUACAUUUCUCUUUUUAAUACCAGAUGUAACCAAAUGUAUCCUGUUUAUUUUUUGCUUAGGGAUGCCAGCUGGAGGACGUACUGUGUAGUGUUUACUUUGUGUAAAAGUUGCAGAUUUUCCUUCUAAAAACAAAGCAGAACAUAUUUUGAUGUUUUGGUUCUUGCUGUGUGUCAGAGUUUGAGACAAACGGGAGCUCACUUGUUUGAGACACCAGUGAAGCUUACUGCCAGUUAUUUAGUGUGGCGUGCAACCAUGGCAUUAUUUGGUAUAUUUUUGUACUAAGACUGGAAUCUUUACCCUGUGGGUGUGUGUGUUUAUGUGCAUGUGUGUGAAGCCCCUGGAGCUGUAACUUUAAGGUGAUGAUGGAGGUUGUGUGCUAUUCUGUGUGUAAGAGCCUGACUGUUGCACAAUUUAACCUACAGCGAGUUACUCCUAUUUAUUGUCCAGCAUGUCGCCGUGCCCUCAUGUAGUCCUCAUGUUAUUCCAUUGAAACGUUAACAAAUAAAAGUUCCCUUCGAUCACA